AUGUUGACAACGCUUGAACUCAAACAAGAAAAUCAACACAGACUCACAAAUCUUCAAAGCAAAUCUUCAUCUUCCACCUUAAGAUUCCGCAAGCUUCCUUCCUCAUUCCUUUUUCUGAACCGCUGUCGCACUCCCUCUCUCACCAAAAUAGCUCCGGCCACCACAGAUCUCUCUUCUAUUCUGCCUAGCAUCCCUGAAAAUCGGUCGGUUUCCUCCUCUCUCUGGAAAUGUCGUGCAAAGACGCGACAUACUCCCUCACUUCUUCACGAACUCGCGUCAUAUUCCUCCCUCCUUCACAUGUUUUCUAGUUCUAAGUUCACCAUCUUCGAUUCGAAUUUUCGGAAUUGUCGUGUGAUCUACGAUGCUUGGAUUCUAGUCAUGUUGUAUAGACUUGUCUUGUACCGGAACACUGUAGUCUUGUUUUAUAGACUCGUAUUGUGCAGGGAAUUGGUUUGGCAUGGAGUAUUACUCUUGCUUAUAAUUUGUGUUCUCAUUGUGAUAUUGGAGUCGCAUUGGAUGUUGUAUCUGAUUUAA